AUGAUAAAUCGCAGUGAUAAUGCGAACGAGAAGGUUAUGACUUAUAACAAUAACGAUUUUAUUAAUCAAUCAGUGAAGAUGAUGAUUAAGCCAUCCGGAAAGAUAAAUGGAUUAGAAAAUAUAAAUGAUGAUCAGGAAAUAAUGGACCAACAAAGAAAUAGUAGUGGACAAAUAAAUGAUAAUGAACGGGAAAAUGGUAAAGUGGACCGAAGCAAGCAGCAUGAAUUAGCUAGUGAUAAUAACAGUGAUAAUGUUAGUAGAUAUAUCGCUGAUAAUGUCGGAAAUGAAGCAAAUCAAAUAGCGAUUAAUAAGAAAGAUAAGAAAACGAAUUUGAAUAGUCUACAACGAAAAUAUGAGAAUCGGCAGAAAAAUUCUAGAAGUACAACUUAUGCUUCUGAAAAUGUUAAUUACCGUAAAGCUAAACAUCAACCAUUGAAUGAAGUGCAGAAAAAGAAAUUAAACCGGAAAGAACCGUCUAAACAUCAGGAAAGUAAAAGUUAUAAGAAGUUGGAUAACUUUAUAUCAGGAAAUAAUCAAAAAUCAAACGAUAUUAUCAAUAACGUGAGAAAUUUCGACCUUUUCAUUACUAUAUCUGUAUUAUUGACUCAUUAA